ACUCAUUCAGAGUUUGAUUCUAGCACAGACGCCUGAUGUUUUAGGGUGUCUGGAACCCCUUGUUUGGGGGACAAAAUGAAUCUAGGGCUCAUCCUCAUCUGUGGAGUGCUGGCUCUGAAGGCUGAGCUGCCAGUGGAGCUGGCCCCGGGGUCCCAAUUACGCUCUGUGGAUGUGGUCUUGGACUGUCAUUAUAUAGAGGAAGCUGUGGGUGGAUUUCCGGGUGCCUUUGCUGGAUCAUUCUCCUCAGACCCUGCCACCCUAGUGCUGAGAGGUGUCAGCAUUGCUGAUGAUGGAAGCUUGGACAGUGUCACCAAUUAUGAGGCGCCAGGCACAAAUACUGACUCCGCUUCUCCCAUCAUCUUUGAAGUCUCAGCAAGUUUGGUACCCGUCCCAUAUGCGGAAUCCCUGCUGCAUGCAGACUGUGCUGGGGAGGAAGUGACCUGUGAGAUCUCUCCAUACAGCCUACACUUGGCAGAUGAGGGGCCCAGCCAGGCCUCCUGGUUCAUGGGGACCCUGAAGUUGUCCAGUGGGAUCAGCAUAGCCCUGGUGCUGAAGGUCAGCAGUGACAGGGAGGAAGAUGACAGAAUGGUUGUGCUGCACCCAAGGCUGAAGGUCCCUGUAAGCAAGGAGGGCACAGUGCUGACCACAGUUGAAUUCCAGUUGUCAUCUCGCACUCCUACUUUGCGUACCCGACUUGGCACCUCCGUCACCCUGGACUGCAGCUUUGCCUUGGCUUCCAGCUCUCCACUGGCCUUGCUGGAGUGGAGGCUGCAGCACCGAGGCAGCGGGCGUAGAGUUUUUCACUACCAGGCGGGGGACGUGGCACAAGCAGAACAGUCAACGGCCCACGUGGAUGUGGUGCAGCUGCUGGAGACUGGAGAUGCAUCGCUUAGCCUGCAUGGAGUGGGUGUGGGGGAUGAAGGAACAUACAUCUGUUUACUGUCCACCCCCCAGCACCAGGCCCAGAACAUCAUCCAGCUGCAGUUGGUCGAGCCCCCAAGAGUCCGUUUGUUCCCAGAGAUGGUGUCACGUGAGGGGGAUGGAGCCACUACCCUGACCUGUGAGAUCUCUGGCUAUUACCCCCUGGAUGUGUCGGUGAAGUGGACACGGGAGGCCCCUGACGACAAGGACAAGGUCCCUAUCUCAGGCUCAAGCACAUACUUCUCCAGCCAUAGGCAAGCCCAGGAUGGCACCUACAGCAUCAAUUCGUACCUGAGUAUCAACACAGCCACAGAGCUGGGACCUAUCACCUACAGCUGCCAUGUCUCGCAUCUGGCCCUUGAAGAGCCAAUCACAGCUAGUGCCCAGCUCAGAGCACCAGAGCAAAAAACAUCUAAAGAGCUUGUGGGAGCCUUCAUUGCUACUUUCAUCUUCCUUGCUGCUCUCGUUGGCCUCUUGCUCAGGAGAAGAAAAACAGUUGAUCCAAAGUCUAAGAAAUCUCUGGAGACUUCAGGGUAAAAGGGACAGUUAACUCAGUUACCCUUAUUCCUGCACCCUCUCUGACGGACCCCAUACCAGAUGAAGACCCAACCACUCUGAAAUUAAUCUCCCAUUUUACAUUAAUGGAGCUGUCACCUUUUCCAGGGACUCUCUUGCAGCUCUGUAGGAAGGGAUUGGAGGACCCUUGUGACCCUGGAAAGGUGGAGUCAGAGAAAAGGGGGUGUCUCCAUCAUGUGUGUGGGGGUAAUAUCAUUAACCUCCAUGUAACACUGUUCUUCUCACACUUUCAGGUACACAGAGUUAGAUCCACAAAGGGAUGUAGGCAUUUUAGGUGCCUAAGUCCAACAUUUAGGCACCACUGAGAUCCUCAAACCUCUGCUCAGCUGGUGCCUAACCCUUUAGCUGCCUAAAUUCCUAAGGCACCUAAGGUUCUGCUGGAAAAGUCCCCUAAGCACCUAAGUUCUGCCUGUGGACAUACACAAAAUCACCUAAUUCCUGAUGCCACUGAGCUGCUUGGUUCCCUAGCUCAUGCAUAAUCCCUAGUAGGAUUGUCAACCUAAGCAAUACCCUGCCUUUGUCACCUGCAGGGACUGAUCCCAGAGGCAUGCUCAGAGCAUACCUAUCAGAUUCAGAUCAGGCCUUGAACAAAGACAGCUAG